UCAGGUGAAGGGAGCACAUAGGGCAAACACUGAUGAAAGCAAAUGGACUGUAUCGCAAACCAACACAGAAACAUGCAUAAAGCUGACAUCAUGGAUGGAGCUGCAUGCUGGUUUCUUUGUUCUUACCAGGAGGCUCUGCAGUAGGAUGCAAGUGUGUAUCUACACCUGUUUGCUCCCGCUAAUGACUUCCAUCCUCUGGUUAUUCAUUCUGUCCAGCCAGUCAGUCGCAUCUCAACUGGGAUUGGAGGAUGUUUUUUUCAAUCCUCAAGACCAGACAGUCAAAGAAGGGCAGGCAGUUUUCUUCCAGUGUGUAUCAGGAGAAAGUUCACCUCCUGCAAGCAUCACUUGGCUCAAAGAUGGACGGGUGGUAACAAGAGGGAGACAGUUUCAGGGGGAGUAUGGAGGCGGUCAACAAAAGAAAAUGUCAGGCACUCUGCAUCUUUCCAAUGUUACAUUAGAGGAUGAUGGAAUAUACAUUUGUGUCACACGCAACUAUUUGCUGAACACCAUCAAGAAGAGUAAACCAGCAAAACUAACUGUGCAAGGGGUUCCCAUGAAGCUGCAGAUCACACAGGGCCCUGAAAACAUCACUGUUGCUAUGGAAACAAAGGUCUCCAUGCAAUGCACUGUUCGUGGCUUCCCUGUUCCCAUGGUGCACUGGUUCAAAGACGGGUGCCUUCUGCUGAACUGCUCAGGCUCGUUUAGUGUCCAGAACAAUGGACAGCUGCUCACAUUCAGAAAUGUAUCCAAGGAAGAUGAAGGCUGGUAUCACUGCGAAGCAUCAAACAUAAAGGAGACUAUCAAGUCACAGCCAGCUUUCCUACUUCCAGCUGAGAUGGAUUGGAGUUUUGCGCAGCAGCCCACAGACCUGAUGGUAAAGAGAGGAGAAAAUGUUUCAGUCACCUGCAGGGCUCCACACAGCCGGCCAGAAGCCCAGGUUUCCUGGUUCAAAAACAAUCAGCUUCUUACUCCCUCUCCCCACAUAACUGUGCUGCCCAGUGGAGACCUCUUCUUCCACAGCAUCCAGGAACAUGAUAGCGGCAGUUACUUCUGCAGGGCUUCAAACAUCCACCUCCAAAGAUUCAUCACCUCUAAAAGAGCAACAUUGAGUGUGCUGGCUCCUCCCUCAGUGAAACUGUGGCCCACAGUCCUGACGGUGCCUCUUGGUGCUCGAGCAGUGCUGCAGUGUGAGGUGUCUGGUCAUCCUUUACCCUCCAUCAGCUGGGUGAAGAGAGGCCACUCUAAGCAGACUGGAGGCAAAGUUUCAUACGGUCAGAGAAAUGCAACUCUUCAAAUCCAGUCAGCCAGGAGCUAUGAUGAAGCUGUGUACGUGUGUGAGGCCUCCAACGCACUGGGAAAAACCCACAAUACAGCACUGCUGAGAGUCGCUGUAAGUCCCAUAAUAAUUACCUACAUUGGUCAGAUGAGUUGCAAGAUCAGAGCUUCAGUGGUUCUGCCCUGUGGCGCCGUGGGGAUUUUACCAAUCACCUACAGCUGGAGCAGGACCAGAGCAGGGAUGCAGACCCCCAUCAGUUCCACUGAAGAAAAACAUGUCGAUGAAGAUGGAGCUCUGCAUAUUUCCACUGUGGAGUACUCUGAUGCUGGGGAGUAUUACUGUACUGCUGAGAAUAGAGCAGGUCGACAUCAAAGGAGCACAGUCCUCAUUGUCACAGCUGAAGAUCAUCCAGCUGAUAGAAGUGAGCAGACAAGCGAGGUUUUGUCUGCUAGCACUAAUGUCAGCAAUGCUCGGCCUGUUUCCCAGUUGGGAGCCUCGAUGAGUGAGCAGAAGCUGAAGACAACACAUUGUCCACAUGAGCAGGCACAGCAUAAGGGGUCCAGUUCCAACAAUGCACCCACAUCUCCAACAUUUAUUUUAAAGAAAUCUGUGUUAAAGACAGCAUCAAGGACACCCAGUGUUUUACAGCACCAAAUCAAUCAGCAAACAACUAAUCCAACCCAACUCCUAGUCACUCAGAUGCAGCCCCCCAUACUGCCACCUCCUCCUCAUCCAAACUUCCAGUCAGUAGAUCUCUACACCCAGCGACCAAUGACAAAAGAGCCACUAUUUAUUUCUAAAACUCAACCUGUAGUAACACUCAGCCCAACAUCAGUGGUCACCAGAGACGCUGUGCACAUAACCCUUGAAUAUCUACUCACUGAAAGCAAAACAUCAACAUUAUUAGGUGAGCAAUUUCAGCAUCAAGUUAGUGAGAAAUUGUUUUUAGAGUCUAAGGAGAGACAAAUUACAGAGAUGAUCAAGAUCCAGCCACCAUCAAAGCUCCCAGUAGGACCAUUUGGAUUCCUCAAGUUAGAUUCAUACACACCAAUACCAACCCCAAGCCCUGUUAAACAAAUUAAAAUGAGACAAGCAGGUUUGGUCAACUUCACAGCCACUUCCCCAACUGAAUCAUAUCUAUCCAAAAGUUACUUUCAUCAACUGGUAACAAAUAGACCCUUUUCCCACCGUGAACCAUCCUUGAAGAUUUCUCACACCAAGAAAACUGAUUUCCAGUCUUCACUCUCACAAACAUCUCUUCCUCACCAGCCCUUUACAUUAAGGUUUUUACCAAAGUUUCAUCUUGAGCUUUCAACAACUUACUUGUCCUCAGAGCCCCCACUUUCUUUAGUCAGCAAGCUUCAACCUUCCCAAGUUCACAGUCAGCUUUCAGCAACAACAACUUCAAAAGAUGGACCAUCUCCACAGCUUUCAUCUUCAACUAUCCUUCCCCUUGAUCAUGGCGCCUCGGUGUUGGAUCCUACGGCCCUCCAUCCAGUCAACCGUUCUGGUCAAGUAAAUGCUACACAGGCAGGGAUACCAUUGAACAAUACAAAGUUCACAGACUGGCUGAAGAGGAACACAUCCCAGUCACCUAUGACAAGCAGUGAUCCCAAACUGACACAGGAGUCACGGUCAUGGCUGCCUGUGCUGGAGAAGCAUGACAUCCCCAUCGUGGUGGGAGUGGGUGUGUCUCUGGCCUUCAUCUUCAUCACUGUUACCUUCUAUUCGGUGGUCCAGAAGAAUGAACCAGCACCAACGAGCCGGGCAGCUCAAAGGAAUCUUGGAGUCCCAAUUCGACAUGCCGAACGUAGAACUGCAGGACGCACGAAUAGAGCUUUUGAGGACGAUGAUUGUGUGGCAGUGAUUGAGCAAAGCCCCAACACAUCUGACACUCGAGCCCGACCUCCUGGACCCAGCCUGGUCACGGUAGAGAUGGAGCCCGCAUUUGAGGAUCUUCAAGAUGUCAUGCUGGACAACCACUCAGUCACUGUGGAGACUUACCCUGAGCCUAUUGUUGACACAAAGAUUGACCCCUACCUAAAGGAAGAGAAGAGCAGCAGUGUUUCCCAACCCAGCAUCCAGCUGCAGUGUGGUGAGGACUGGACCAGUAACCUAGGAGACAACCAAAGCCCAUGCCAGGAUGCUCUGCCUCCACCAUCAUUUUUACCUUCCCCUUCCCCUUCUCCUUCCCCACUCCCACCAUCCAGGCGUGAGGAGACUCUGCGCUCAUCUUUAACCUUACAAAGUACUGAGCCACGUAUAGCACCCAUCCACCACAGCCUCAGCAUCUCACAUGGCAACCCUCCCCUGCUGCUUUCUCACCACAUCUCUCUGGGCCUCACAACAGUGGCUGUUGAUGUCCAGGUUUUCCCAGAAGUCUCUACUUCCAUUGCGAUUGACACCAGCACUCAUAUUAACUCAGUCUCAAAUUCAACUGCAGUGACUGCACCUCUGUUUAGUCCUUCACUGGUCAACAGCCAGGACAGUGAUGGCCAAUCAACUGCAAGGAUUCAUCACAGUAAAUAGCUACAGUAAGUGCAUCCUAAACAGAAAUGUUAACAAAUAGAUUAAAUUAUUUUUUUCCCCUCUAAUUAACUAUUUUAUAUGUAUGUACAGCAUGUUCAUGUAAUUAUUUGCUGAUAGACUGAUGCGUAAAUUGACAAAAGGUUUUAUUGAAUUUAAGCAUACACAUGAAUAUCCCUGUAUAAUCAGGUGCAACACUUGUAUACUCUCAUGAGGGUUUAGUGCUUUGUUUAAAUAUGGCAUCUACAAUGCAUGCAAACAAGUUUCAACUUGUCUUUAAAACUACAUAGGUAAACAUUCCUACUACAAUUAAAUAUUAUCUAGCUUCAAAUGUCAACAGCAUAUUUUUUGUCAAAAUUAUCAGUGGUUCAUGUCAUUAUGGUGCAGUUCAUCAAGAAAAAAGACAUCAUCUUUAGGCUCAUGUCUAUUUUUUUAAAAAUGUUAAUGGUCAAACAGCAUGACAAUUUAAUGAUAAAAAAUGGAAGUGCAUGAUAAAAAUACUAUUUUUAUUAGUGGAGCAACUUAAACCGGGCAUUGUAAAUUUAUGUCAUUUGAUAAAUGCAGUGAUAAAUUUAUCAACCCAGUACCAAUAGUUUUUUAAUAGCUUUCUCCUUUUUUUUUGUAGUUUUUAAGCUGUUUUAUUUUUAAGCUGGCAUUAACAGCUGUGAUAUGAAAACAAAGACACAUUUAAUCAUCACAUUGUGUGGCAUUCAUCAG